CAUUACAUCAUAGUGUGAAACACAAACACAAUACCUUAUAGUUCAAGUUAUCUACAAAAAAAACUAGAAGGGUGUGAAAAAUGGGAGCUAAGAGGUCUUCUUCUUCUUCCUUAUGCAAUGUGUUCAAGGCAUGUUUCUCAAGUGGAAACAAUGAUGAGUAUUGGGAAGGUAGUGGAAUUGGAAGAAGAAUGUUUGCAAGUGAUGAAGAUAGAGGUUGUUUUGUUGCUGAACCUGGUAUUGAUAGGAAAGCUUCUGAUUUCAUUGCUAAAUACUAUGCUACUAGAGUCACUGAUUCUCAAAGCCAAUUUGCAUCUUGAAUUAAUUAAUUUCCUUUCUUUGUUGAUUUUCUAUUCCUGAAAUAAUUAGUAGCUAUUUUUCCAUCCUCUACUAUGAUCAUUUGUAGUAGGAUCUUGAUUCUCUGCAGUCAAAUUUUUUUAUUGUCACUAAAGAAGUUAUAUCUCGGCUAUUUGAUGAAUAUCAAAUGGUUUAUAUUUUGAAUUUGUAUUUUAAAAUCAAUUUUCUGAAGUUAGAAUAUAUAUUGUCUGAUAUUCAUCAAAUAGCCAAGAUAUAAUGACUACGGUGACUACAAAAUAUUGACUGCAUCAAACCGAACUGCGGAGCCAUUUUUACUAGAGUGCAUUCUUUUCGCGUUAUAAAACACACUCAUACUCAGAUUUGAGUGUGUUUUACGUGAAACCAAACACAUAAUAAAGAAGCAUGCAAUCACCAAUUUGAAGAUAUUUAGAGAUGAUUACAAUAAAAAGUAAUAACAAAAAUUAUGUAAGAAUUAAUCACUCUCGUGAUGUUGUUCUUUCAUUUGGUUGUAGUGAUGUACUUGAGGAAUGGAUCAUAAAUAAUGUAAAACUUUAUUCUUUCAUAUAUGUUGUGAGAGUUUUGAUUUUGUAAGCUUUG